ACCUUCCAUUUUCUGCAACUUCUCCAAAUCUCAUACUUUCCAGAAAAUCAUUUUCCCAAGAGAAAUAAAACUUUCCUCUUUGUUCAUCUCUCCCCCCCAACAGGAGCAGACAUGGCCUACCAAAUGGAGCUAGGAGGAGAUUCCUCUCCACAGAGGAAAGCUGGGAGAGGAAAGAUCGAAAUCAAACGGAUCGAGAACACAACCAAUCGUCAAGUUACUUUCUGCAAACGCAGAAAUGGUUUGCUCAAGAAAGCUUACGAACUCUCUGUUCUUUGCGAUGCUGAAGUCGCACUCAUCGUCUUCUCUAGCCGUGGCCGUCUCUAUGAGUACUCAAACAACAGUGUAAAAGGGACAAUUGAGAGGUACAAGAAAGCAAUAUCGGAUAAUACUAACACCGGAUCCGUGGCAGAAAUUAAUGCACAGUAUUAUCAACAAGAAUCUGCCAAAUUGCGUCAACAAAUUAUCAGCAUACAAAACUCGAACAGGCAAUUGAUGGGUGAGACUAUUGGAUCAAUGUCUCCCAAAGAGCUUAGGAACUUGGAAGGCAGAUUAGACAGAAGUGUUAAUCGAAUCCGAUCCAAGAAGAAUGAACUCUUAUUCGCCGAAAUUGACUACAUGCAGAAGAGAUCUGUACAGGAAGUUGAUUUGCAUAACGAUAACCAGCUUCUUCGUGCUAAGAUAGCUGAAAAUGAGAGGAACAAUCCAAGUAUGAGUCUGAUGCCAGGAGGAUCUAACUACGAGCAGAUUAUGCCACCGCCUCAAACGCAGCCUCAACCGUUUGACUCACGGAACUAUUUCCAAGUGGCGGCUCUGCAACCUAACAAUCACCAUUACUCAUCCGCUGGUCGCGAAGACCAAACCGCUCUUCAGUUAGUGUAAUAUUGGCUGAAGCAUGAAGGAGCAACUAGCAAGGACUGAAUAAAAACCAGGAUUGGGUUAAGGAACGAGCAAUAUAAAGCUGAUGCAUUGUUAUAUAAAUAUUUAUAUGUUUAUUUCACGAAUGUUGUAUCGAUAAUUUCUACAUUUUAUUUAAAUUGCGUAUGUUUAUGUGAAAUUAAUAUCUUAAAAGACAUGUGAUUAAAUGUGCUAUAAUUUUUUUCUUAAACAACUGUA